CUCACCGGUGCCCCUGUUGCCCCCGCAGUGAAAUACCUGAACGCCUACACCGGGACUGUGCUGCUGCGGUGCCGCAAGGAUUCCUACAGGCUGCUCUGCUCCGCGCUCCCUUUCGUCAGGCAGCUGGAGAACCGGAACCAGCGGUACCCCUGCAGCCUCAACACCUUGCACGUCGGAGGUACUAUAAGAACAUGUCAGAAAUUUCUAAUUCAGUAUAAUAGAAGACAGCUGCUGACAUUGUUGCAAAACUGUACAAAUGAAGAGGAGAGACGGUGUAUACAGAAGUCCUUGUUGAGCUGUUCCCUUACAGAAGAGCAGUCUCAAAGUGGAGAUGAGGAAGAUGAUGAUGGCACAGAGACAGACUGA